AACAUGGUGGAAAUGUGAUGUUUUCAGCAGCAGCGUAAACACAGUGUUAAAGGCUGAAAGGAGGCGAAUUAACCAUGUUGUUUUAUCUAAAACUAUAGCAACAUGUUUUUAAAACCAUGAUUAGUUUAUUUUAUACACUCAGGUUUAUUUUUUAAUUGGAUUUAUGUGUAAAAUCGGCUCCUGAAAUGUCCAAACCCGAGGUAGCAUCAGUCCAUCAGGCGCUGAGGAAAGGCUUCAAGACCGUGGAGAGCAACCAGCAAGUGUGGAAGAGUGUGUUGGCGGAGUGCGACCCUCUGAUGGUGUCUCUGGGGAACCUGGCCGAGCAGAGCCGAGCCUUGUCCCGCGUCCACAUCCCCAACACGCCGCUCAGAGACUUCCCUGACCUGGAGGAGCGUCUGGGCUUCAAGCUGUCUCUGGCCACUGACACGGUCCUGCUCCGACUCCACGAGAAGAUGUCCUCGCUUCAGUCUGUCCGAGACGCCAUCAGCAACCAGGUCGUUUUGGUCGUCCAGCUUUACGAGCAGAACACAGACAGCCUGGAUGUCCUCAGUGUCACCGAGCGCUCACCAAUCACCCCGUCGAUCGCCGACAUGCUGGAGUGGCUGCAGGAUGCCGAGCGUCACUAUCGGCAGCAAUUCCUGAGGAGGAAAACACUUCUUCAGAUGCUGAGAGCCGACAACCUCUCUCUUUUAGAGUCUGCUCCAAAAAGAUGGAAAUCGUUAGAGUCUCCGAGUGCAGAAGACGGCAUCACAGAUUCACUUUGCAAAGUGUCCUUCUUUGUGGAUUCCGAGUGAGGACAGUUAAAAGGAACCUGAGUGGAACUCUGAGCACCUCAGGGAAUUUGGAAGAGAACUUACUAUAUGUACGUGUUCAACUUGGAUGGAUGUUCAGAUGCUUUUAUCUAGUCUGAUAAACGUCUCCAGAUCAGUUCGAGGAUGGGAAGUAUCUGUGAGCACCAGACUGUAUAUACAUUCAAGUAGUACUCCAAGAAGAAGGGGAGAGAAACCACACAAAGACAUUGUGGCACCACUUCAUACUGAAAUAUUAAAAUGACUUUCUAUCCUCCGUGAUGGCAAAAAUGAUCCAAAGCCAAAUGAUAUUUCAGGGAAAUCCAUCACACUCAAUCACAUUUUACCAAACUCGUUUUAUUUCACAUUUCUGAUGUUUGCAAACUUGGUCAAGGCUUCAUGUGUCAGAUGUGGAGGUAAUGACAUGGUCAGAGAAUAAAUAUACAAAAUCACUGCAUUCUUCACAGCACAGCCAUCAUUAAAGCCAUCUUCACAUUCA